UGUUAUAUGAACUUUUUCAGAAAUAAAUUGUUAUUUGUCAGAAGUUUUACAAGAAAUUCUUCAUUGCCAACAAAAUCCAAAGCCACUUUGUAUUUUAUUACAAAAAUAUAAUGUUUUACCAAUUACAUUCAUGAAUUAUGCAAAACUUUGGAUUUCUGAAUUUCAAAUUGAAAAUGAUAAAUUGCAAGAAUCUUUAUCAAAAAAAUUAUUUAUGGAAAUUUCAUCAUCAGAAUCAUUGAAAACUAUUUAUUUUCAGUCUAAACUAAGUGAUAUUUCUUUGUAUGAGAAAAAAUUUAAUAAAAAUUUCAAACGUUUUAUGAAAAAUUUGGAAAAUUGGGAGGAAUUACUGUCUGUUAUAAGGCAAAUAAUAUUUUAUAUAACUAUGGAGAUACAACAAAAUGACAUUAUUGCUGAAGAAACAGUUUUAUUGCAUCUCAAUUUUCUAAAUACAAUUAUUCAUUCAUACAAUCAGAAAGAAACUGCUAAUAACAUAAAUGAUUUGGACCAUAUUUCAUCUUCAAAACUUUUAAAGGAAAUCCUUGGGAAUUCCUCAGUUGUAUAUUGGUUUUUGGCAAAAGAAUAUAAUUGUUUAAAAUUAUCUAAGGAAUUAUCAUCACACUUGACAAGUUUUAUAUUGAAUUUAAUUUCUCUUACUAAUGAGUUUUCACAAUUGGAUAAGGAAGUAAUUUUAAAAUCAUACAAGUGCAAAAUGAUUUCUUGGAUUCAAAUGAAUAGAAAUGAUUUGAUUAAGAAGAAAUUUAUUUUAAAAAAUAUAACAUUUGAAACAUUAAUAAGUGAUUUUCUUCCAAUUUUAUGCCCAAAUGAAGCUGAGAAUAUUCUUCAAGUUAUUACUGAAUUUGACUUAUCUCAAAUACAAAAAAUUGAUCCAGCCUUUUCAGUUUUUGCUAAACUUGUAAAAUGUUGUUUGAAUGACAAAAAUAUUGAUCUUAUGAAAUCUUCAAAUUUUAAAACAUUAUAUUUUCUACUCAUGAGUUCAAACUUGGAAAAAAAUAAAAUGGACGAAUUUAUAAAUUAUGCUUUAGAAAUGAUUCAAAUACAUCCGUCUAGCUUCUCUUCAGUUGAUAUUGUACAAAAUAAUUUUCUUCAUAUAAUCAAGUGCCCAGAUAGUAAAGUUCCUAACAAGACUUUAGUAAAGAGACUGGUGACAAAAUUUAUACAUAUUCCAUUAACAAGGAGCACCAAAGAUCCAUGCAGUGUAUGA